AGACCAAUAAUAAAAUAGGCCGUGUACGGUCAUGCGCAGUAAAUUUAGUACUGCAGCUUUAAAGAUCGCCAUUUUGCAAGCGUCUAGGGAUUGUUUGAGAAACGCUCUCGUUGAGCCAGUGUUUUUAACACGGUAGUACGGGUGUAUUUUCGUUUAAAAUCGAAAAGCCGGUAUGGGUGAUUAUCAAGUAGCACAAGUUCAACAAGAUGGUCUUGGGGCCGUACAACUGGAGUUAGGAGGAAACCCAAAUGCUCUAGCAUUACGCCGGCCGUUUGACCCUUUGGCCCACGACUUGGAGGCAAGUUUCAGAUUGACGCGUUUUGCUGAUUUAAAGGGUCGAGGAUGUAAGGUGCCCCAAGAAGUUCUCAAUAAACUUGUAGAAGGACUCCAACAGGAUUACAAUUCGGCGGAACAUGAACAUGCUCAUUUUAUGCAUAUGGCAAUUCCUCGGAUUGGAAUCGGCCUUGAUUGUUCGGUUACUCCUCUGCGUCAUGGUGGACUCUGCCUUGUACAAACGACAGAUUUUUUCUAUCCAUUAGUUGACGAUCCGUAUAUGAUGGGAAAAAUUGCUUGUGCUAAUGUCUUGAGUGAUCUUUAUGCUAUGGGAGUCACAGAAUGUGAUAAUAUGUUGAUGUUACUAGGAGUCAGCACAAAGAUGACAGAAAAAGAAAGAGAUGUUGUAAUUCCAUUGAUAAUGAGAGGUUUUAAAGAUUCUGCUUUGGAAGCUGGUACAACUGUAACUGGUGGUCAAACAGUAGUCAAUCCUUGGUGUACGAUUGGUGGAGUUGCUACAACAGUUUGUCAACCGAAUGAAUACAUUGUUCCUGAUAAUGCAGUUGUAGGAGACGUUCUGGUCUUGACGAAACCUUUAGGAACACAGGUGGCAGUUAAUGCCCAUCAAUGGCUUGAUCAACCUGAACGUUGGAAUAGAAUAAAGUUGGUUGUAAGUGAAGAGGAUGUAAGAAAAGCUUAUCACCGUGCAAUGGAUUCAAUGGCUCGUCUAAAUCGUAUUGCCAGUAGAUUGAUGCAUAAAUACAACGCCCACGGAGCUACUGAUAUUACAGGAUUCGGUUUACUCGGACAUGCUCAAACAUUGGCAUCUCAUCAAAAGAACGAAGUUUCGUUUGUUAUUCAUAAUUUACCUGUUAUAGCAAAAAUGGCAGCAGUAGCUAAAGCUUGUGGCAAUAUGUUCCAAUUGUUGCAAGGACAUUCAGCCGAAACGUCGGGAGGACUAUUGAUUUGUUUGCCUCGUGAACAAGCUGCCGCAUAUUGCAAAGACAUCGAAAAACAAGAAGGCUAUCAAGCGUGGAUAAUCGGAAUUGUCGAAAAAGGCAACAGAACGGCUCGCAUUAUCGAUAAACCUCGAGUUAUUGAAGUACCAGCUAAAGAAUAAUAACGUUAAAAUACACACAUUAUUCACUAAUAAUAUCAAGUAUUUUUCAACUUUUAGCAGUAUAAUGAUUCCCCCAACAGCUUAGUAGAUCUAUUAAAAUAUUUCGUGCAUUUUAUUUUCAUUAAUAGGACCACAGCCCCUUGUUCGGGUCGGAAAUAUGAUUUAUUUGAUUUUUUAACGCGCGCUCCUUGAAUAAGGCGCGCCAAUUUCUCAUUUAAUUUUAAGGAUUUUAAAGUUUGUGAAAAAGUUUUUCGGUUCCAUUCGACAUUUAAACUUAUUUUUUAGUAAAACAUAGAAAGAAUGUUCGAUGGUAUUUUGUAUAAUAAUUUUCCAAUAUAAUUACUUAAUGAGUACUCGACGAGUUUUAUUUCAAUAAUGGGAUAAUCCAAACUGAUGCAACUGCAAAUUAUUCAAUUUCUGUGAACAUGAUAUCCAUAUGUGAUCACACGAGGUAUUUUAUUUGUUAAAAUUGUCUAAUAUUCAAAUUAGAUAGUCAUACAUGAUCACAUGGGGUGUUUUAUUUGUUGAAAAUGUCCAAUUUUUUAAUGAAACAUUCAUACAUGAUGAAAAAUUUUCAAUCUCCAAAGUAAACUUUGAUAUGUACCCAUACAGGGUGUUUUAUUUGUUAGAAAUGCCCAAUCUAUUGAUUAAAUCCACACAAAUGAUUAUACAAUGCGUUUUAUUAAUUCAAAAUGUCCAAUCUUUGAAUUAGACCCUCUCAAGUGAUCACACAGUACGUUUUAGUUAAAAAUGUCCAAUUUGUUGAUUAUAUCUUCACAAAUUAUCAUACAGUGCGUUUUAUUAGUUAAAACUGUUCAAUUUGUUAAUUAAACCACCACAAAUGAUCAUACAGUGCGUUUUAUUAAUUCAAAAUGUCCAAUAUGUUAAUUAUAUCUUCACAAAUUAUCAUACAGUGCGUUUUAUUAAUUCAAAAUGUCCAAUAUGUUAAUUAUAUCUUCACAAAUUAUCAUACAGUGCGUUUUAUUAGUUAAAACUGUUCAAUUUGUUAAUUAAACCACCACAAAUGAUCGUACAGUGCGUUUUAUUAAUUUAAAAUGUCCAAUCUGUUAUUUAGUCUCUCACAAAUGAUUGUACAGUGCGAAGAUAUGCUAAAAAAUUUUAAUGUCGUGGGCUGCAGGAUUAUUGAGACAAAAUAAAAAUGUCUGUCUUUUUAAAAAUCACAAUCCCAUCCCUGUGAGGAAACUUUUUCAGGGCCAUUCCUGAAAUUAACCAAAUCCUUGAUGUCCUUGUCUCUAUUAAAAACAAUCAAAUGAAAUAGGAUGAAAAUAAAUUAAGUUUUGAUAAAAAUAUUUAUAUUUACAUAACAAAAAUAUAAAUAAAUUGAUUU